AUAAUCUCGUGUGAUAACUAUUCCAGAGUAAUCUCCCUUACACUUUAUUUUAUUUGAAAAUGUCGGCUGUCACGUUGUGUGGGAGGACCAGGAUAGUACUAAUUAGACUGUCGCCAACCAUCUUACAAACACCGUCGAGGCAUGUUCAGUACCAUACAGGAAAAACAACGAUAUCACCUCCACGGGGACGUUCGAGACAGAUCAGGAUAGGAAAUAUCGAUAUUGUGCCGUGGACCACUGCUGGGAUUGAAUCGUGUGUUGUUGUCAGCCUCAGCAUUGGACAGAGUAAAAAGCUGCACAUGGCAUUCGAUAUGGGCUACGCUUGUCAACAAAGUGUAAAAUGUAAUCACGUAUUUAUCAGCCACGGGCACAUGGACCACUGUUCAGCCAUACACCAACACGCCAGUAAGCGCUCACUAAUAGGCCGUCCUUCUGCCAAAUACUACCUCGGCAGCGAACUCGUCACACCCAUGAAAACUAUACGUGAAAAUUUGAAUAAAAUAUCCGAGUUUCCAUUCCAAGCAGAUUUGACUGUAGCUAAACCGAAAGAUUUUAUAAAGUUGCCUGGUCCCUACCACGUGGUGCCGUUUAAGACGAUUCAUCGGGUACCUAGUAUGGGGUUCCUGGUCUACAAGACUAACACACAUAUCAAAGAAGAAUUCUCUACUUGUAGUAACACGGUGUUAAAACAACUAGAACUGCGCGGGGAACAGGUUUACUACCAAACAGUCACUCCCGAAUUAGCAUAUACAGGUGAUACAACAUUUGAGGUGUUCUCACAGCCACCCAUUGCUGAUUUACUCAAAGUGAAAGUACUGAUUACGGAAUGUACAUAUAUCAGUACAACCAAGAACGUUAACGAGGCCCUGACCAGAGAGCGAGGUCACAUCCAUCUCCACGAGAUCAUCCGCAAUCCUCACAUCUUCGCUGAUAUCGAGGCAGUCAUGCUGCUGCAUUUUUCGGAGAGAUAUACAGCCGAAAACAUCCAGGAUACGAUACAUACACUGUGUCCUGUCGAGUUGAAACAAAAACUCUACUCAGCUUGUGUGUAUAAGGAAGAGACGUGUAUUGUUUCUUAUUAGACAUUAAAACUUCAAUAACAAUA